CAGGAAGCCGACGUUGAACGCAAGGGAACCGACUGUGCCCGCCCACAAUCAUCCGGGUCAACGCGCCGGACAGAACAACAAUCUGCGAGCUGGUUCGUGGGGGCUGCACGUGAGGGAACGCGCCGGAGAGGUCAACAACAACCUGCUUGUGCGAGGCUGAACGCGCACACCACCAUUUGGUUAAAUCGCCGGAGUCAAACACCCGGUCGAGCGUUGAAUCGGUGAGGCAGAAGCACCCGUACUCAGCCAACGACCAUUUCGAACGACCAGCAGGAAGCCGACGUUGAACGCAAGGGAACCGACUGUGCCCGCCCACAAUCAUCCGGGUCGACGCGCCGGACAGAACAACAAUCUGCGAGCUGGUUCGUGGGGGCUGCACGUGAGGGAACGCGCCGGAGAGGUCAACAACAACCUGCUUGUGCGAGGCUGAACGCGCACACCACCAUUUGGUUAAAUCGCCGGAGUCAAACACCCGGUCGAGCGUUGAAUCGGUGAGGCAGAAGCACCCGUACUCAGCCAACGACAAUUUCGAACGACCAGCAGGAAGCCGACGUUGAACGCAAGGGAACCGACUGUGCCCGCCCACAAUCAUCCGGGUCAACGCGCCGGACAGAACAACAAUCUGCGAGCUGGUUCGUGGGGGCUGCACGUGACGGAACGCGCCGGAGAGGUCAACAACAACCUGCUUGUGCUAGCUCCGCGAGGCUGAACGCGCACACCACCAUCUUGUUACAUCGCCGGAGUCACCCGGUCGAGCGUUGCAUCGGCGAGGCAGAAGCACCCGUACCCAGCCAACGACCAUUUCGAACGUUCCAGACCAGCAGGAAGCCGACGUUGAACGCACGGGAACCGACUGUGCCCGCCCACAAUCAUCCGGGUCGACGCGCCGGACAGAACAACAAUCUGCGAGCUGGUUCGUGGAGGCUGCACGUGAGGGAACGCGCCGGAGAGGUCAACAACAACCUGCUUGUGCGAGGCUGAACGCGCACACCACCAUCUUGUUACAUCGCCGGAGUCAAACACCCGGUCGAGCGUUGCAUCGGCGAGGCAGAAGCACCCGUACUCAGCCAGGAAAUUGAACUCGUCCCUAUUCAGCCUACAACCAACUUGCUCACCGUUCACCGUUCUAAUCUUCCCAGCUGUCGUAAUUCGACUGGUUUGAAGAACUUGGACUCCUGGCGCAAAGGGCAACGUUAGCGUACGUAAAAAUGGCUGAUGACGCAGCGAAGGCAUUUCUUAUCCAGCAUAAAUUGGGUCAUUUAAUAGAAAUUUUCGAGGCUGCAGGAGCAACUAAAGCAGAGUUCAACUAUCUCCGACAAAAUUUGGUGGAGCUCAUGGCCCUCGUGCCCCAGUUGACUGACCGCAGAAAAUUUGCCGAAGCGUUUGACGCAGAACAGGCGUCCUCUUCAUCAGCUCAACCAGUCGCCGCUACAAACUCGAAAGCUGUGUCGAUACGAGCGAACCUUGAGACCAUUUGUCAAAGUUCGGAUGAAGGAAAAAAGUUCUGGGUUAUUAAAGACAAGCAAUUCGAUGAAAAUGAAAGGAAACUGCUGGCUCGGGUUAUUACCAAGUAUUUCUUCGAGGCCGGCGGCGGGUCUAUAUCUAUGCAAAUGUUUUAUGAAAUGGUUAAAAUCAUUCAGCUUCAGUUCCCGAAAGAGUCUUGUCACACAUAUUACGUUCCAGGAAGUGGAAAGAUUAAACCACGUGGAAAACUAUUUUCCGCAUACAGAACCCUACAAGAACACCAACGCGAACAAGAAGGUCCCAAAAAAGGUAAACGAGUGAUUAAGAAAGUAUCGGUAACUAAACACGACAAAUUCAAAGAGCAGGCUACCCAAAAUUGGUCAGAGUUAUCUGAAAAAGAGAAGGAUGAGUGCAACAGUUCUAAACUGCGUCUUAACACAAUUCCCUACAAUCGUUCAAACGAAAUCUUUGAAUGUUGGGAUGAGUGUUUCCCGAUCAGGCGGCAUGAAAUCAUGUCUGAAACUUUUAAAAUGAGCGAAUACAAUAUAUUGUAUAACUUCGAAAAAGCCAACGAGUUGAUUUCGAAGGAUUUUGUACAAGUGAAUGGGCAAUUUCUGCAUAUUUCUUCGAAAUUGCCAUGUUUCCUGAAAAAAUUUUCUAAAAUCUUCCAAGGUUAUCGUAAAAAUUUUCGCGAUGACCAGAAGCUGACGGAUGAGAUUGUUAAAACCUUUAAUAAUGAAACGGCAAUAAACGAUCGAUCUAUAUUUCUCGCCUUCUAUUCGCUCCCGUUAAUUCUACGAGAAAAUUUCGUUAGCAAUGGCGAGAAACGGUUCCGUCCAUCUCUAUUUAUGACUCGAGAAGCGUUUAUCACGAUGAUCCCGGUAUGAAUAUUUUUUAUAUUUUAAAAAUAUCUGCUGUUACUAAUGAAAACAACGUCAUUUAUUUUUUAGACGGAAGCAACAUUGGCCGAGACGAGAAAAAAACGGAAAGAAAAUGCUCUUUCUAGGAAAGUAACGAUCCAACCUUACAUUAUAGCGGUAGGCUCCGUCGCUUGUAUCACAAGGUACUUCGUUGUUUUUGACGAGUUGCUCAUCUCUUGUGCAACUUGUAUGGAAGCUAUUGAUCUGCACUAUAAAAUGCACGAUGCGUUUAAUCUACAAUACGCGGUGGAUUGUCGAAGUGUACUAAUCUUCAUCCAAAAAUUUUUCUAUGCGCUUAAUUAUGACGGUGAUUAUCCAGUGCCACAAGUUGAAACAUUAAUCGCUGAUUUCGAGAAAUGAUAUAAAGAAUGUAUCCCAGAACCAAACUAAUAAACGCAAAUGAACACAGUGAGAAAUUUCCUUUGUAUUUAUUUAUUUCCCUACACGCAUACAAAAUAGGUGAUGAACUGUCACUUUUUACACAGUGCUCACGCACACUAUCAAAACAAAUGUUUGGUAGUGUGUGGGAACUCCGUGUAAAAGGGGUGUCAAACUAAAAAGUGACCCCGUUCGUUUGACAACAGUUGGUGUCAUACUAUCGGGGUUUGAGUGUACACGAAAUAAAGACUAUAAAACCCAAGUAACCAAUCAGCACUAAAAGUUGUAAUUGUUCAGCACUAACAGCGCUUUAUCUGCAGUGAAUAACAGCUGACAUGUUUUGGAAAUUGCUGGAAAUGCGCUUUUACAGCUGAUUGCAGCUGAGUUUGGACUUUAUAUCUCUGUUUUACAGCUAGGCCCCUACACAGUAAAAAAAAUUCUGUGUAAAAUCGCUUGCAAAAGCAUGCACAUCACCUUUGUGAGCAAAAGCAUGUAAUAUUGUAUGAGAAAACGUGUACACAAAAAGCAUGUACAAAAGAAAAAUCAAUUAAUUUUGACCACCCCACAAAUAACAUCAAUCUGGUGAGAGUCAUAUCCAGAUGUGUGAAUUUAGUUGGAUCAACA